CCGAAGUGAAACGCUGUUCCAAGUGUCGAUACUAAUAUAAUCACAUGUGAACGCAAGCUUAUGACCACCCCGAAAGCUGACAUUCUAGAUUCCAGCUGUCCAUCGUCGCAGCAUUUAUGGCGACGUUCUCGAAGCUGGCCCAGAAUGAUGUCCAUGUCGCUGCCAAUGUCGUCCAUCAAGUCAAUCGGCUACUCCAACACCCCCCAGCACGGCGGUCGCUGUUGCUACUUCUCGCAUCAGCACUCAUCGUUCGGACGGCAGUCUUCCGCCCGUGUGGACAUGCCCCAUCGAACCGUUCAAAGGAGAAGAGUCCUUGCGUAGUGCGAGAACGAGAGAGCCACGAUUCAGAUGCAAAGUACUUUCCUGUCGACCCACGGGCCCGGGCAUCGAAUGGACGCCCAAAGCCAAAGAGUGUAACGAGCACGUUUCUCCACCAGCUCCGUGCACUUCUCAGGAUUGUCAUACCCUCUCUCUUUACGAAAGAAGCCUUCCUCCUCAUCGCUCACUCAUGUUUCCUCGUACUACGCACAGUGCUCAGUGUAGCAGUCGCAAGACUUGACGGGAAAAUUGUUAGGGAUCUCGUGAGUGCCAAUGGACGCGGGUUCAUAAGAGGUCUGGGUCUCUGGUUCGCCCUUGCAGUGCCGAGUGUGUAUACGAAUUCCAUGAUCCGGCAUCUACAAUCGAAGCUUGCACUGAAAUUCCGCACCCGCAUGGCAGAGUAUAUUCACGACUUGUACCUCUCUCCAUAUCCGGAUCUACGAUAUUACCGUGUGCCACUGCAAGGUGUUGAUCAGUACAUCACAGCCGACGUCGAGGCGUGGUCCGAGAGUAUCGCCGGGAUAUACGGUAACUUGAUGAAACCUUCUUUAGACCUUCUUCUCUUCACAUCUCAGCUCGCACGGGAGCUCGGGUUCAGGGGCACUGUCUUACUGUUCGUGAAUUAUUACAUUACGAUCAAGAUACUUCGUGCCGUUACUCCAGCUUUUGGUCAACUUGCUGCCGUCGAGGCACGUCUCGAGGGUGAGUAUCGUGCAGGUGUGAAUAGGGUAGCAAGGGAGAGCGAAGAGAUUGCGUUCUACGACGGCGGUGCACGGGAACGCGAGAUCCUCACUCGUGUCUAUCUCCGUCUCAUUCGACACAUCAACUCCAUCUACAAGAUCCGCAUCGCGUACGAGUGGACGGAGGACUUCGUAAUUAAGUAUCUCUGGUCGGCAGCUGGGUACGGCCUCAUUGCUGUUCCUUUACUCAUAACGCGGAAACACCAGGGCGGUGGAACUCGUUCAGAGAUGGAUGGAGUGUUUGCUGAUCGCACGGAGACGUACAUAUCAAAUCGGCGAUUGUUGCUUUCUCUCGCCGAUGCAGGUGGACGGCUGAUGUACGCGUACAAGGAUCUCGUAGAAGUUGCUGGGCUUACUGGACGGCUAUACACACUCCUUUCGACUUUACAUCACUUGCCGAAGUUACCUCUUGCCCUCCCUGGUGACGGCAACACUUUCGAACUCAAAAACGUCGACGUCUGUAUCCCUUCCGCCGCUCUCCCAUCAUCCGAGUCAUGUAAUGGUAUGAAUGGUGAAGCCAACGAGAAAGAGGCCAUGACCGCACACGGCGAUUCAUCGACGCUUGUGCGCGCACUGAGCAUUAGGUUACACCGAGGCAUGCACUUGAUGAUCACUGGUUCCAAUGGGGUUGGCAAGACGGCAGUUGCACGUGUUCUUGCUGGCCUGUGGGCGCCGUGUGGACCACUCGCAUCUGUCACUCGACCAUCGGCGGAGAUGGCAGAUGAUGACAGGCGGAGACCUAGACCUGGCGUAUUCGUCGUUCCGCAGCGGGCAUAUAUGGUUACUGGGUCAUUGUUAGAGCAGGUGAUCUAUCCACAGUCACUGGGGAUGUUUUAUGCGGAGGAUGGAGAUAUUCGGGGUUUACAAGAGAUAUUAGAGGCUGCUCAUUUGGGGUAUCUGGUUGAGCGUGAGGGGGGAUGGGGGACCGUGAAGGAGUGGAGGGAUGUGUUGAGCGGUGGGGAGAAGCAGAGGAUGUCGUUGGCGCGGGUGUUUUAUCAUCGACCUAAGUUUGCAAUCUUAGACGAGUGUACGAGUGCCGUGUCAAGCGAUGUGGAAGGACAGAUGUACGAACAUGCUAAAUCACUCGAUAUAUCCCUAAUUACUAUCUCUUUACGAUCAUCCCUCGCGAAAUACCAUACUCACUUGCUCACUCUGAUAGGCGGCGGAACCGGAAACUGGACAUUGACACCUAUCAUGAGCUCAUUCUUGCCUGCAGGCGCUGCUGGUGUUCGGAGCGAAGGAAACGGUAUACAGUAUGGUGGCGGGCCGAAGGAGCUGGAAGAAAUAAAAGUGCUGGAGAAGAAGCUGGAAGAAGCAUGUAAGUGGGAGAGCCGGUUGGCAGAGCUGAAGAGGCGGUGAGGAAGUGUAGCCUAUGUAAUUGAACAUAUCGCAUAUACUGUGUGGGUAAUACUAAAAUCAAGUAUGUAUGAACUGAUGAAAGCUGAAUGGUUGCAUGAGCACUGGCCUGCAGAUGGAGAGUAGUGGGGGCACCAGUAGU